UAUGCUAGUUUCGCAGUAGUUGCCAAUUACUGGCGGAACAGUGAACACAUUUAUCUAGAGUGUUUUGCUCACGAAAAUACAUUUUAUAAGUGUAUUUGUUCUCAUAAGAUCGCGUGUAGUUAUACGCUGUUUCUUAGGAGAGGUUCCCCGCUCUGACCUUUAUGUGAGGAUUUAGCCCAAAGGGAACGGGUCACAGACGGGAGGAGAGACUCGGAGCGACCGGCCGCAGGAUCCUGAUAGCGGAGCUUUUAUUCGGAGUCUUUGUAUCCAUUCCCCGACUAUAGGGAAUAAUCACCCAGGAACUGAGACAAACGCGGUCAACUAUCUGCAAAAUCAGGCUGUGCUCAACGUUGAAUUCACCAAACAAUGGAAGCGAUUGCUAAGUACGAUUUCAAAGCAACUGCUGACGACGAGCUAAGUUUCAAACGGGGGGAGGUCCUGAAGGUAUUAAACGAAGAAUGUGACCAGAAUUGGUACAAGGCAGAGCUGAACGGCAAAGAUGGCUUUAUCCCCAAGAACUACAUUGAGAUGAAGGCACAUCCGUGGUUCUUUGGCAAGAUCCCUCGGGCUCGGGCGGAGGAGAUGCUCAACAAACAGAGACACGACGGGGCCUUCCUCAUCCGAGAGAGCGAGAGCGCGCCAGGAGACUUCUCCCUUUCCGUCAAGUUUGGAAAUGAUGUCCAACACUUCAAAGUGUUGCGUGACGGGGCAGGGAAGUAUUUCCUGUGGGUGGUGAAGUUUAACUCUCUGAAUGAGCUGGUGGACUACCACCGCUCUACCUCAGUGUCACGGAACCAGCAGAUCUUCUUACGGGACAUCGAACAGGUCCCUCAGCAUCCAUCGUAUGUGCAGGCGCUCUUCGACUUCGACCCCCAGGAGGAGGGCGAGCUUGGUUUCCGUCGCGGCGACUUUAUCCAGGUGCUGGACAACUCUGACCCCAACUGGUGGAAAGGCGCCUGCCACGGUCAGACGGGCAUGUUCCCGCGCAACUACGUCACACCUGUGAACCGGAACAUGUAAAUAACACAGAAAACAAGACAACAACAACAACAACAACAACAAAAAAACGAUCCCACCCACAGAACCAACCCCAGAUCCUUUUUUUGUCCCCCUGCCUCCACACACUAUCACACACAUAUGCACAUACACAUGGACACACACACUAACACUCAUGCCUGCACAUCCGGAGAGAAGAAAUGGGCAGAAGAACAGAAAUCUUAGAUGGAAAGAAAGGAUGAAGAAUUACAAAAAUGAGGAGUGGAGGAGACCAAGGCGUAGCCUCUCCAGAGAAAAAGCAAAAUGAACACACACACACACAAAAACAGCAACUUAAAAAAAAUCCUGAGAAUGUUUUUUUUUUUUUUUUUUUUUUUUCUUUUCUAUUUCUUUUUCUGACAACUUCAAUGAAAGCUUAGUCAUAACUGCUCCACUUAAAACGUCUGUCUUCAGCUGGAGAAGGUUCCAGAACGAACAGAAAUCAGCUUCAAAGGAGCAUCACAACUGGUGUCCUAUCACAGUGGAAUGCCAGACCUGUGGCUUAGAUUCCCUCCGCUGUCUGUUUGUCCUCUGCUCUUUUUUUUUUCUUUCUUUUUUGUAUUUUACCUUAUUUCUUUUGCUUUUUCUUCUGGGCUCUCUUCUUUUUCUUACUGCAUGUUUUAAUCACUUUAAUGGAUUACCAAUAAAAUCCUAACGCUGUUUUAAGUUAAAUAAUUUCAAAAAAUAUAUAUAUAUUACAUGUAAAGACAGAAAAAUUAUAAUUAAGAAAAAAAAAAAAAAAAAAAAUAGAGAGUACCACCCGUCCUGUGAAUGCAGUAAAAGUUACCAGACACAGGAUCAUGUCUGCAAGAGCAUUGGACAUCAGCUGUGGGCUAUGUGAAGAAAUCACUUAUUGAGAGAAUCCAUUUUUUUAAAGAAUAUAUAUUAUAUAUAUUUGUAUGUGUUUUGUCUGUUUCACCUUGCAACUUUUUUUUAAAGAUUCUUUUUUUCUUUCUAAAGUAUAAAUUAUGUUUGUGGAUGAGAAUCUAGCAGCUCUGGGACGUGCUAUAGCGUCAGUAUCAUUUUUGUGCAUUAUCUGAGAGGGUCAGAUAAAGAAACAAAGAGAUAAAAAAUGGCAUAUUUUAUCAUCAAUGAUUCCAUUUUUUUUUU